AUGGCGCUCGGCGCUGGCAGGGACAGGGCGGAUGGCGGCGCUCUGCCGCCACUCCCUGCGUUCCCGAUUGCGUACUACGAUGACCAGCACCUCUUCUCCUCUCUGCUACCCCACAUUGAGGCCCGGCUACCACUGGAGACUGUCUCAAUCCGGUGUCCCCUGUCUCCGAACGUCCCCCUGCAGUGCAGUGGUCUUCGCCUCGAGUUCCUUCCGCACGAUGAGCCGCGAUUCGAAGGGCUUCUGCCCCCGGCUACGAGCUCUUCCUCGUCGACCUCCGUUUCGUCUCUCUCGGCAUCUUCCGUGGCUAUGAAGGCCGCGUUCGCCUCCAUUGCCGGGGUCGCCGCACAUGUCCCCCUUGGAGGCGCGACCGCGGUCGGAGGCGGACCAACCGACACCGGCAGCGGAGUUGCAGCGGGCACGGGGACCAGUGGAUCAGGUUCUCACCGGCCGUCUGCUGCGCACGAGGCUCAUGCAGACCGCCCUUUUAUUUAUCUUCAGAUUCUCCAACUCGAAGGCAUGGAUGACUACAAAACACAUCACAGAAGGAUGCUGAAGGCUUGGGUAGACAGCCUCACCGAACAACACGAGGAGUGGCUCGUUCUCUACGUGACCCCGUUUUCUGACAACGACUCGCAAAACAAAUCCUUCAAGAAGCUUCUCGACAAGCUGCGCAGCGACUUGAACCCGCAGGGCUCUCGAAACAAAGAACGCUUCCUCCGUCUGCCCACAGACGCGACUGGCAACUACGCGAGCAGUCCCGCAUUCGCAGACCUCUGGAAUAUCUUCAUGGCUCGCUUGAAGGAGGCCCUAGUGGCGUCCGUCGAGACGCGCAGCGUGCAGUUGGAGGACGAGAUUCAGCGGCAGAGUCAGGUCGCGGAGCCCCGUUUUUGUCCCCUGUUUGUCGCGAAAGAGAAUCUCGCGCGGCUUCACGAACGGUGCAAUCGCCUGGAGGACGCGCUGGCGGUCUAUGACACGAUGGACUUGGGUAACACGACACGGCAGGGCUCUCCAGCGGAUGUCAAGCAGUGUCACAGCUUGUUUAUUUCGUUUGGCUUCGAGACGCCAGACGACCAAGUUCCUCUCUUCUUCGACCCCGCGCGGCUGCACAAGCUGCAUGCGCAGCUGCGCGAAGACACCCUUUCGUAUGUGCAGUUUCGCCAGUACCUGUUUGCGAGACAAGCUGACCUCCUCGUGCGCCUCCAGCGAGUCGAGGAACUGAGCGCGCGAGGCGUCGAGAUGACGUCUUCCCUGCACAAGGAAAUCGUCGCGGAGGGCUUCAAGGUGUCGGGAAAUGUCUGGGCAGUUCUCGCGUGCGUCAACCUGGCGCAUUUUAUCGUUACAAAGUCGAUUUCACCUCCGGGGUUCUCGCCGUCCUUUACGGGUGAAACUCCUUCGCGCUCCUCCUCCCACCCGACAGCGAGUCACACACCGGUCUCCUCGAGUUCCUCUUCCAGCAGCAGCGCCCUUCUCAAUUUGAAGCGCCCCGGUUUCGCCGUGAGCCGCACGCUGCACCGCUUGACACCUCUGCAGUUUUCGCUCUCUCCCACGCGACGACUUCAUUCGUCUCAGCGAACGAACUCACCUGUAAAGGACGACCUUGCUGGAGGCAAAGCUGCAUCAGCCUCGUCGCCUUCGUCCCCGGCUCUCGCCGGUGCAGCCUCUAGGCGAGGGGGCCUCGGCGGAGCCCAAGGCGGCCUUGGCGACCCCGGGGCGGAAACCGCAGGAGGCGCGGACGGCCUCGUGGGGGGGGCCUCGGGGAUUCUGGGGGGGGGCGCCGCCGCGAGCCGAGUCGACGCGGGCGCGGGGACUGUGCCCGCGGCGCGGGCUCGAAGCGCGGCGCAUCUGUACGCGUACGGCGCCCAGCAGUUGCAGCGGCUGAUCGCGUGGCGCGAGCGCGAGAAGUGGAGCCUGCCGCUUCUCGAGUUUCCGCACACGGCUUCCAGAGAGCAGGGGAGUCUGAAGGGGAGUAUGGAGACCGGCAGCCAGGACAUGAGUGGAAGCCGCGCGCGCUCGCUUCCGGCGGCGGAUGUGGACUGCGCGAAGGAGGAAGCUGGCUCUCCCGCGCGGUUCCCUUCCUCGCUUUCCAAGGCCCCUAAGGGGGGCGAGGAGGCGUCGGAGGAAAGGGGCUACACCCGGAGCUCCAGCAGCCCAUUCGCGGGACUGUCGACCCCUCCGUCCCAAGAAGACGACAACGGAUUCGCGUUGGCGUUCUCUCUGCCCUGGUGGUUGUGCACCAAGGCCGAACUUCUGGAGGAGCUGCGAACCCUAUCUGACGCCGAGGAACUCCUCGUCCACGUGUUUGUCCUCGCCGGGCAGCAGUACGUCAACUGCGGGUACUUCCGGCACGCUGCGCUGCUCCAGUUCAGACUCGCCUCCGCACACUUCAAGCGACGCGACCUCGACGACUGCAGAAAGGCGCUCUCCAAAAUGCUGCCCUUGUUUGUCAAGGAACCGUGGACAGCGCUGUGGGUCCAGUGUCAGCAGCUCAUGGCUGAGGCUUCCACAGGACUUGGCCACGCGGACGCGCUCGCGUCUUCCUAUUUCCUCGCCAACGCGAACGCCGUCCCUGGACCAUCGUUUUUCUCGUCGUCUCACGGGGGGGGGCGCGCGCGGCUGUCUCUCGGGGCGGCUGAGCGGGUGGAGCUGGGGCCAAGUGCUCAGGGCGAGCCGAAGCCUGGUGAGGCGGGAGACGCAGACGCUUCGUUUGUCCAGAGAGAGCGCGACAGCUCCAUCUCGACGAUGGACACGGAGGCGCUUCUUCCGCCGCAAGCCUACCUGGAGCGCUUCAUCUCUCUCGCGCAAAAGAAGCGAGACUUCCACGAGAUUGACCUCGGUGACGACGCCGGAGAGACCGCGGGCACUCCGCAUUCCUCUUCGUGCGCAGGCGAGCAGAACGCGGCCUGCGGAUCGGGUGCGGGCGACUCGACCUCUGCGUUUUCAGAGCAAGCUUCUGCCGUUCCGGCGGGUGCAUCAGCCCAGCAGGGGUCUGAGCCCCGUGGAAGAAGGGCGAAGGAGGAGCGCGAGAUACGAGCCAGGGCGACGCAGACGGACUCCUUUGAGGCCGCUGCAUGGCUCGGGCCCGACGCCCCUUCAGUUCUCAAGCAAGAGGGUCAGAUCUACAUCCGCGCGGCGCCGAACUUGUAUUGCUGGGGAGCGCUCAAGCCCGCACUCGUUGGCCUGCGGAGCAACAGUGAGAGAGAGAAAGUUUGUCGCAUGCGCCCUGCGCUCGCCCUGGCCUCCGUCCCUCAGUUAGGGCCUUUGGAGGCGCUCGCGUCGUCGCACGGUCUGUAUCAACCCUACGGGUCAGACGACACGCCAUGCACUGUGGCCUUCGUCACGCCCACGGCGGCGAGCGGGACGCAUCGCGCGCACAUGCACGGGCCAGGGGCGACAUCGUCGAAUCCCUUUGCGGCGCUUCUGAAGACCUCGAGCGACGGGCGAGCUGCCGGCGUCUACGGCUCGUCUCUGUAUCAGACGCCACGGCACCUAGCCCGGGGCUCUGCAGACGGGCUCGGGGACGCCAGGGGAGCACGAGGUCUGGGGUCGGCGUAUCUUGCGAGCACGCCCUCGUCGACCGCCCUGCCGCUCUACUACGGCGGAGGGGCGCAGUCGCCUGGCACCGGGGGUUCUUUGUACGGGGCGUCGGUGUCAUCUGCGGGCCUCGGGUUUCGUUCUUCCUCGUUUUCCAGACACGACGGGCGGGACAACAUAUCGACCGGCUUCCUCUCCGGCAGCUCGGCGAGGGGGGGGGCCACGGGGUCUGCGGGGUCGCAGGCCUCGGGGCUUUUUGGGAACCUGAACCAGGAGCUGCUCGAGCAGGCUGUGCUCCGCCAGCUGGUCGACCUGCUCCCUCUCUACCGGCUUCCUUGCCACCCGGAACUGGAGCCUCAAAACGCCUGUCUACUCGCCUAUGCCGCGACUCUGGAAAGAGUCAAACCCAAGUCGACGGCGCAGGUGCUUGGCCAACUCCAGCAGCGCCGCUUCCUUCCCGCCUUCAACUCGCCUUCCCUUAGGGACGCAGCGGGCGGCGACGGAGCCGCACGCCGAGGGGAUGGCGCGCUGACCACAGAACACAGUUCGUGGAGUGCGAGGGGGAAAGAGAGACCCAGCCAAACCGUGGGCGGCGAGCGAGGCCAGGCUGGAGCGGACAGCAAAGAAGGGCGCUCCGCAGAGCUUGACGGGCAGCCAGCCUUCCGCUCCUCCAGUGAGGAGCCUCCGAAGCGCCCAGCCAAUCGCGGCGAGGACGGCGGCAGCGGGCUGCAGGGGGCCUCGGGGCCGGAGGGGAGCGGAGACAAACGAGGAAAGGAGCUUAAGUGGACGCGAAGUCGAACUCUCACGGAGUUGGGAAAAACGCUGAGGGGUGAAACAUGCCGAGAAAAAGACUCAGGAAACAAGCAACCAGGGCCGUCUGUGCCAGGCAGCGUGGGCGGGGCCGCCGGAGCAGUCCCUGCCGCAGACAAGGGAGGGGAAGAAAGCCACAGCCCUCAUCCAGGGCCGCUUCGGGGACGGGUGUCUCUUCUGCUGUCGACUCGCCGACGCUCGUCUGCGGGCCCCUCGACUGCCACUGAAGACGAGCACGCCUCUGCCUGCUCGGGGAUGACCGCGAGGCCGACCGCGUCGCCAGUGGCCUCCAGCACGGAGACACUCUCCGUCAACUCUUCUUCAGCGAAAUCAGGGCCAGUGCAGCGGGACGCAGCUUCUACCGGGGGUUUGCCGAGCGAGGCGAGCACGGUCCGGUCGGCAGUCCCGAGCGCCCCAGGGUCAGGCGCCGUUUCCGACCGCGAUGGAGCCCAUCCUUCGUCGCCGGGCCUUCGAGUGGCGGCCGCGCCGGCGCGCCCCGGCCAGAGCGACGCCCAGCGCGACGGGGGUUCGUGGCUGCCUAGCGACCGCGAAACCCAACCCCACGUGCUGACGUCGUCGGCGGCGAGCAGGGGGCUCGCUGGCCAGUUCCGGGUGCACGGUCAAGACUCUGCAGACGGCGGAUGGGGCGAGCCGCGGUCGUCAGCCACUGAUGUGGGGCCUGCCGGCGCUGUCCCGCCUCGCGGAGACACGGUCGGCAGCCCGGGGUCAGGACGGGACGGAGUGGACAGACUCGCACAUUCGCGGACGCGCCCGCAGCCUCUGCGGGAGUCCGAGAUGGCGGCGGGCGUGGAGGCAACCGUCCCUCCGCAGUACCGGUCGUCGCGCGCUCUGUCUGUCCUUCAGAUGGGGGGCAGUCUCCAGGCUGCAGUCCCCAGUCUGUCUGUGAGUCUUGGACAGUGCGUGGAGCUUCGGCUUCACGUGCACUCGAGCAUCGCAGGCCCCGUGGAGGCCGACGCGAUCGCGCUCCGUCUCUCCCAGUUGCCUUUCUCGGACGUGCCGCCCGGGGCCGGAGGCAGCAUGCGACAGGGCCCGGGGGGCGCUGGCUCUGUGGGGACGCCUUCCGUCGCAGGCCUCUUGGGAGGCGGAGGGAUAGCCCGGACGACGCACUUCGAGGAGACGCAGCGGCAGGCGCCGACCUCCGUAUGGCUCGUUCUGCGGCCCGCCGCGGGGGGUCACAGGGUUGCAGAGGUCUCAGAUACGGCGGAGAAGACGAGCGAGGAGAGCAGCGAAGAGGACUCCGCGAGAGAAGGGCGGCAAGCAAGAGAAUCAGGACUGAAGCUCCAGCCUGGCAUGAACUUGCUGAGUCUCUUCUGGAGCAGCCGGUUCGAGGGCGUCUUCGUGCUUGAGCAGGUCUGCGUGGUGGUGGGCGCUGUCGUCCUCGUUCAGUGGGCUGGCGAGCUGCCGCCGCCUGGUAUGAUCGACGAAGUGCGCCAAGCCAUGCAGGACGUGCUUCUCGCUCUUCCUGCGGAGGACGAGGGAGGCGAGAGACGCCGAUGCCUGCGGGAGGCUGAGGAAGGGGAAACAGUCCUCCAGAGGGCGCGGGUGAAGUCUGCAGCUUGCCUGUCGGCCUUCCCUCCCGAACCUGUCGCCAGGAAAGCCGCUGCCAAAGACGUUCAGCAGACCGCGUCAGCGGCCUGUGAUGCAGCAGUAGCAGCGGGUCGCGCAGCUGCCGAGACAGACGCGUUACCGCCGGAAAAGGAUGACGAUCGCGGUGGAGCCGGGGUCAGGACUUCUGGCGCUCUCGCGUCGCCGUCCGUGCUCCCGAAGGGAGCUUUUGCACUUGCAUCGUCAGGACGGCAUCGCAGAGUGUCUGACAAAUUUUCGAAUCCCUUCUUUGCGUUCGCUGACUGGGGGGACGCUGCCGCUGCGCUUGCGUUCGAGGACCGCAUGGCGCCGCCGACUCCUGCGUGCCUGCUCCCGGGCUACGCGCCGUGUGGGGCGACGCUUGUCCAUCCAGACGCGCCCCUGGAGCGCAUGUUGCGGCCGCUGAUCUUCGAGUUUCGGCCUCCAGCCACUGCUGUUCAAAUGCGGAUCCAGCCGGUGGGACCGAACUCCUCUUUUCUGUUUCUGAACGCGCGAAACCACGUCAAGAUUCGAAUCGACGUCCUUCCAGGUCUUCUCGUCUUCCCCAAGCCGGCGAGACUACGAGUGCUGCAGUGUCUGCUCCCUGCCGCUGCCGCCGCGUCUGUCAUUGCCGAAGAAGAUGAGGACUUGAUAGACGAGGAUCUCACUUCAGAACACGGCGGACGCUUCGGACUCCAGCGACGGCUGUCCGCAGGGGGCGGGUCCCUCGCCGACGGCUCCGGCGCGGGCGCGGCGGCCGCAGGCGCGUCUCCGCUGCGCCGCGGCAGAUCUCAAGCGGCGAGCAAGGGGAGUUCGUCUGCAGAAGGCGAGAGCGGCUCGCACGGUCUGCGCCGCGACCCCUCGCGAGGUGGGGCCGGCACUUCUGUCCCUUCGGCCGCGGGGGUCUCCAGCGGCGUUCCGGCUCAGGGGAAGGAGAGAGGCGAAGGCCUCCAGCCGCUGGAUCAGAACGCGGAGGGGACGGGGCGAGCCGGAGACAGAGCAGCGACGCGGGCAAGCGCUGUGUCCUUUCUGGAAGGGGUUCCGUCUGGGUCUAGGGAAGGCGGGUCCCUCCUCUGGGGGGAGGGCGCCGCCUUUGCGGGCUUCCGGGGGGGCUCGACCGAGUGGACGGCGCCGCAGUCCAUGGGCGCUGGAGACUGGGAUGACGACGAGCAGGUUUUCGAGGGCGCUGCGGUGGAGUUAAACUUUGACUGGGAGAAUGCCAUGGCUGUUGCGGUGGAUGACAGACCGACCCGCCUAAGGCUGUGUGGAGGCAAGGCCUCGGCUGCCUCCACAGACGGUGGAAAGGGGUACCCCCUGCGGGGCAUGGAGGGCUCGAGCGUAGAACAGCAGGGACACGCUAGGGAAAAAGACGCAGGCGUGGAGGAACGAAGCAGACGCGGUGAGGCCUCGCCAGAUGAAUCCGGAUGUCUCGGGGGAGAUGACUGCCUUUCUGGCGAAGGUGAAGGCGCCGAAGGCCUUCCGGUUCUUGAGCAGUUCGACUUCAUUCGGAUCCGCGCCCCUGCAGGAGACGAGGGCGACGUUCUUGCUCUCGUGCCGAGGCGACGACCGCCCCCGGUUCGUGGAGCCCAACUUGGAGACGCGGAGAUGCUCGCCGAUCCGAAAGGCGACAGCGGAGAGCCGCACACACCAGCUGAGAGUGACAGUGCCUCCUCGCAGGGAUGGCUGGACCUGCCCAAGUUCUGUCGGAGUGUGGAGGUGCUUGUCCCCGUAGUCCCGGUGAAGGCCACGACUGUCAGGCCGCUCGAGUGCUGCCUGGGUGAGGAGGAUGCCUUUCCUCCCGUUGCCGCAGCGGAGACUGAAGACCGGGCCGCGGAGGCACUCGACGGCGAGCAGGUGAACGCCGCCGCCGCGGCCGCCGGCGCUGAAGGCGGGGACGGGGAAAGCCGCGUCGACCCAGGCGCGGCGUCUGCGUCCUCUCCGCAGCGUGGGCGCGGCCCGACAGGCUCGCCUGAGCGGGCGCCUGCAGGCGCGUCGCGCGCAGUGGGAGCGGAAAGACCGUCUCUCUCGGAGUCUCGCGCGUCCUCGAGUUUGUUUAUCAACGGGGUCGUGCCUCCGCUCGCCUCAGGCCCGGCGCGGCAGUACAGCAACCAGGGGUCGUCGCUGUUUCGCUGGCGCGCGACGUCUUGGCACGGAGGGGACGAGUGCGGGAGAGGCGGGGGGAAGGGAGGGCAGCCGGGAGCGCGAGAGCGGGCCUUCACGACGUACUCGUGCGCCUCGGCGUCCGCCGUUCGCUACCGCUCUUCGGUUUCGUGGAGACUCUUGGGCGAGGGCAGCGAGACGCCCCUCCACAUGGACGGUCGCGCCCGGCUAGGCGACGCAGAGCUGAGUGCCCUCUCUGGCGACCUAGGGAGAGAGGCAGACCCUCUCGCCGUGACCGAAGACGCCGCCCACGUCGUGGCCUCGCUUCAGUUCUACACGAGCACAGGCGUCGACCUGAACGAUCGGAGACGAGCGCGGAGACAGCGACGCCGACGGGAGUUGGAGAAGCGGAGGAAUGCCGGCGCAGAGGAUGGGGCAGGCAAGCAGGGAGCCGACAGCGGGCAGCGCGCGGAGAGGAAGCCAGACUGCAGGGUAGAGGGCCUUGGACCCCAGGAGGAAGACGCCCGGGGCAGCGCUCUCCUAGGCGCAUUCGUGCCUUCUGUGUAUUGCGGAGGCGACGACGAAGACAGCGAGCGGCUGCCGCGGGGCAGUAUCUCCACCGUACUGCAGCCGCACUCGACGCGACCGCGGCUUUCGGGAGACCGCGCGGCGCUAAGCGACUCCGACGCGAAUUCGUCUGAAUAUGCGGCAGUCUCCGUCGAGGCGGGGGAUUCUGCGGACGGCCCGCGGAAGCCCAAGGGCGACGAGCGCAGUCGGACGUCGCUCUUUCUGGGCUCCGCUGGGUAUCCACUGGCGCGCUGCGGCGAAAGCAUCUCCGUGACGGAGGGCGACAUCGAAGGCACGCGUGACCUCCGCUCAGGCGAGGCGCUUGAGGAGUGCUUCGAAAGCAUCACCUACUCGUUUUCUAGCACAGAUCUGUGCCGGCGCAGAAAGCUGCGAAGAGCCAAGUCGAAGGCGCCGUGGGGCGCUGAAGCCGGAGGCGCGUUCGACGCGUGUGGCGGAUCUCCGGCUUCGCCUCUUUUGCCGAGGAAGAGGGAGACAGCGUGGCGCGAUCCGGACGCGAGGGAAGAGGAAGCUUGGCGCUCCGACUGCAGCGCAUCGUCUGGAUGUCAUUCGUGGUCAGGGGAGAGCGGCGACGGGGAAGAUGAGGGCAGCGGCUCGUCCCUCGCAAGCGAGAGCGAAACGGACGGCGAGGCAGGGCCGGAGAGAGAGCCGCAGCCAGUUACGAUUUUGAAGGUUCAGACGUCGCGUGUCUACCGUCUUGAAGUGCGCCCGGCGCUCUCCCACGCCUGCCGGUCGAUGCAUCUCUCGGGAGGCUCGGUCGUCCAUCAGAUUUUCCUUCAGAGCUGUGCGCCAGCCGAGGCCAUUGUCCUCGACUUUGCGACAAUCUCCCCGCUCACCUCAUUCUACGAGCGAGAAGAGAGAGGGCGCGCAGACGCGCCGCCUUCCAGCCGGGACCAGGGGGAACCGAUGCAGAGCCGAAACACAGGAAACAUCCGCGUCAGCCUCAUUGCUCCAUCGCCCUUGUACCCAAGCUUCUUCUGUCAGCUCAGCUGUCAAGAGGAAGAGUCAGUGCACCUGAACACACUGCUCUUUGGAGGGCAAAUGACGACGGUUCUGGUGCGGCUGCAGCAUGUGCUUCCAGAGCGGGGGGAGCCCCCCGGCUUGCCCGUCCACCCCUGCCUCGACGGACACCGCGGGCCUGGAGCCCAGAAGCGCCGCUGGGCGGCGCACGGGCUCGCGCCGCUCUCGCCGACGCUCACGGGAGUCGAGGAGGGCUCUUCGCCUUGCUCGUCGCGUGGCCGCCGUGACGAGGACGAAGAGGUCGAAGGACGAGAGAGGGAGGCGGAGCCGCGCGACGCGCAGGCCGGCGACGGUCGGCAGAGCGGAGAAGGCGACGAGGGCGCAGGCCCUGCUUCUCAGGAUUGCUGGGCGCAGGAGCAGGGCGAGCGAGAGGUUGCCGGCGAGACCCGCGGUGUGGUGAGACCUACUGGCGAUCGUCUGCGCAGAGGAGAAGAUUCGUGGCGCGGCGAAGAGGCACCCACGAAUGUCUGCCCAGCAGAAUGGAACUGCGGCGCGUCACUGACCCCUCGCGUUGAGCCCUACGUCCUAUCUCUGUACUACCGCUUUGUUCAAGGAUUCACUCCGUACGACGGCGUGUCUCCGUGUGGUGCGUAUCCCCACGGGCCGUCUGCGGCCUGCGGGCCUUCGGGGCGGCAAGGCCUCGAGCCGCCAGGAUCGCUUGCGCCCGUCCCUGUCCCCUGCUCGCCUGAAACGAAGCCUGUAACAUCGCCGCCGCUGGGGCCGGGCUGCUGGUCGGGCUCCGCCGCGCGCGGCUGGUGCAUGAGCGCCGGGGCGGCCGCAGGACAGGAGGCGAGCUCAGGCAAACGUGGCGAUCGGGGUCUUCGCGAAGAAACGCGUCAGCCGCUGGUCUACCACAUUCCGCUCCUUCUGCCUGUGCAGAAGUUCCCCGUCGAGGUUAACGUCUUCGCUCCGCGCACGGGGCGCGUCUCGACGCCGCUCUUCGUCUCGCUUGUGCUCACGAAUUGCUCCAACGUCCGCCUCCAAGUGUGUCACUCCGUCUCGCUCGAGUUCGACGACGCGCAUCCGCAGCGCCGGCCGUCGGCGCGCAGGGUCUCGGCCCUGUCCUCGCGCGGGGGAGUUCUCGCGGAGAACGGCUUUGCCUCGUCCUCGAGGCUGCCGUUCAAUCCCCGCCUGUCUGGCGGAGGCAACUCGAACGAGGGCGAGAAAGAGAAGGAGCGGGGCGGAGUCGCCUUCGGCAGGUGCACGAACGGGCGCGUACCGGAGGAGAAACCCACGCGAGGACCGGCGGGCGCCGCGCAGACCGGCGCCGGGGCUUCUCCUCGACUGGGCGAGUGUCACGAUUGGUUGAUGGUCGGCUCCAAGUGCCGCACAACGACUCUCGCGGGCGGCGGCCGAAGUGAAGUCCGCUUCCAGUUGAUUCCGCUGCGCGCAGGGCCACUGUCCCUCCCUGCAGUUCGGGUGUAUGUGCGCCCAGACCCAGACGCAGGCGACGGCGCUGCGUUCGGCGGCCAAGGCGCCCGCUCGUUCUCACGCUACAACUCCCACAGCGGGGCACGGGGUGCCCAGGGGCACUGGGAAGCAGAGCUUGAGAAGCAAGGAAGCAGCGACUCGGCUGCCUCGUUUAGAUCAACUCGGUUGGCCGGGAACGGACACAACGGAGGCGUGCAGAGGUCUCUCACCGGCAACGACGAGACGUUGGAAAGCAACGGGGAAUGGUUCACCAUGCCAGAAGGGGACUCCGUCACAGCAGGAAGGGAAGUUCUGGUGCUGCCCAAGGUGCUCUCGAAGCCUGACCUGAAGCUCCUUCCGGAGUAG